GAACCUAGCACCCAUCUGUUACAGUAACGAUGGCAACAGGUGAAGUUUGGUUUCUACGCUGCCACUCUGGCUCCGUGACACCGUUAAUGCUAGUAUCAGCCGUUAAUGCUAGCUAACCACACGUCGGGGACGACGUUGGCCGUCUUGAAGCCACCGUCAGUCACUGACAGUCAGUGCGUGAGAAGAUAAAAGUUCAGAAACAAGUGAAACAAACGAAGCUGAGGAACAAUGGACUCCGCGGAUGGAAACCAAGACAGCAGUCAGUUGCGACUGCAGUCCGCUGCCGCGUUCAAGGCUUUCCUGUUGAAAAAGAGUGCGAAGAGCAACCUGAGCCUCUAUGACCACCUCUCCCGGUUGCUAAUCAAAGUGAUGGAUGAGCAUCCACAGGAUGUGGUGGAUGUGAUUGAGGAUUUAAGCCGUGAUGUGAAGCGGGGUUUAUUCGAAGACAAGGAAAGCACCCUACGAGACCUUCCACAGACUACAGCUGCUGAGCUGUUGGCUGAACAGCAACGGCUGCUGUUUUCUCGGCCAGAAGAAACUGACCAGGAGGAUGAACUGGUGGAAACACCUCUUCCUAAUGUGGGUGAGAUUGGCUUCUACCUGGAGCAAGCUGGCGUGGGCCUGGGCAGAGAGGAGAUGCAGAGGGUCUUUCUUGCACUCAAGCAGCUUGUUGAGUCACAGGCGCUGCUGCGCUGCCGACUGUGGGGCAAGAUUCUGGGAACAGAGAGCAGCUAUAUUGUUGCUGAAGCUGAUUACAGAGAGGGAGAGGACGAGGAAGAGCAAAUCAAUGACGAAGCAGCUGAGGAAGAUGAGAGAGAGGCUGAGACUCAGGAUAGCGAGGAGAAUGAGAUGGAUCCACAGCCUCAGUCGACCUAUAAACCCCCUGCAGUGGUGCCAAAGGAGGCCAUAGGAACAGGUGCUAACAAGUUUGUUUACUAUGUGUGCAAAGAGCCUGGUCUUCCUUGGGUAAAGCUCCCUUCAGUCAGUCCUGUACAGAUCACUAUUGCUCGCCAGAUCCGUAAAUUCUUCACUGGGAGGCUGGACGCACCAGUUAAGAGCUACCCGCCUUUUCCUGGGAAUGAAGCCAACUAUCUGAGAGCGCAGAUUGCUCGGAUCUCUGCUGGCACACAGGUCAGCCCACAGGGCUUCUUCCAAGCUGGGGAGGAGGAAGGUGAUGAGGAAGACGAGGCGACACGAGACAGCUAUGAGGUGAAUCCUGAUUUUGAAGGGGUUCCAGUUGCUGAGAUGGCUGAGUCUUUGUCCACCUGGGUGCAUCAUGUUCAGCACAUCUUGCAGCAGGGCCGCUGUACUUGGAUGAACCUGGCUGUGAAACCAGGAGAAGACUCUAAUGAGGACGGAGAGGCUGAGGAGAAGGAAGAGGAGCCGGAUGAGCCUGAGCCAGAAGUCGGGCCCCCUCUGCUCACUCCCCUGUCCCAAGAUGCAGAAAUAUUCAACACCCCUCCCUGGAGCUCCAAGAUGUCCUCCAUUCUCACUUCUCAGCAUGCAGUAGCUGUGCUGCGUUCUAACCUCUGGCCAGGGGCGUAUGCAUAUAGUUGUGGAAAGAAGUUUGAGAACAUAUAUGUUGGAUGGGGUCUGAAGUAUGCAGGGGAAGGGUACAGCCCACCCGCCCCCCCACUACCACAGAAAGAAUAUCCCAGCGGACCAGAAAUCACAGAGGCCCUGGACCCUUCACUGGAGGAGGAGCAGGCCCUGAAGGAAGCUUUUGAGGAGCUGCAAGCUGCCCAGGAGGAGAUGGAGGACACAGAUGAAGAGGAGGAAGACGAUGAUUGAGAAAUCAUUUACAGAUUUUAAAAUUCUAACUUUGAUCUUUCAAGUAUUUGUAAAUCAGUGACCAAAUAAAUCAGUUUACUCACUCAGCAAAAUGGCUGGAUAUUGUGAAUUCAGGUAAAUACCGUUCAAUAUUUGAAGAGGGCAGUA